AUGGAAACCGCCAUGGAAAAUACGCCUAUGUUAAAGCGGGCUAAAAAGCCAAAAUUUUGUCGUAUUUUAAGUCGGUAUCAUUUCGAUUGUGACGAAUUAGAACGUUUGUAUAAUCGCUAUGUUUAUAAACUCCAACAGUCCAGUGUUGUGUAUAUGCUGGCUUUAUUUAUUGUACUAACAUUAUGCUUAUCUAUUCUCAAUUUUUUUUUCUCCAAAACUUUAACAGUGCUAGGCCUAUAUCUUUCAGUGCAAUGUGUCUUCUUUAUUAUAGUGUUUAUUUUUAUUCACACAAAAUUCAUGAAAGAAUCUCAUUUCUCGUUAAUAUGUUACAUUUUAUUGCUAUUUCUCAUUGGAUUUUCGAUAUUUUCUUUCCCGACGGAUUUCGGAAUAAUUCUGCCGGACAUGCCUCCAGUUCAUUACCAUCCUGCAGACGGUGUAUGGGAAACCGUUUACGUCAUAUUCAUGAUUUAUUCUUUAAUGCCUUUACGAACACUGAUAGCUGCAGUAAUUGGAAUAUUGUUACCUGUGGCACAUUUGGCGGUUUCGGCCUUCUUGGCUAACUACUUCCCCUCGUUGCUAUGGAGACAGUUGAUUGCAAAUGGUGUGUUGUUUUUGUGUGUAAACGUUGCUGGUAUAUUAAUACAUAACUUAACUGAGAGGUCGCAGAGAAAAACGUUCAUGGACACAAGAAAUUGCAUUGCUGCUAGACUGGAAAUUGAAGAUGAAAAUGAAAAACUGGAAAAGUUGUUGUUAAGUGUCCUUCCUCAGCAUGUUGCUAUAGAGAUGAAGAGGGAUAUGACCAACCCACAUCAUGGCCCCUUCCAUAAAAUAUACAUACAGAGACACGAUAAUGUCACGAUACUGUUUGCUGAUAUUGUUGGAUUUACUGUCCUAGCAUCUCAGUGUACUGCACAGGAAUUAGUUCGUAUUUUAAAUGAAUUAUUUGGGCGAUUUGAUCACCUUGCUAAGAACAAUAAUUGUUUACGUAUUAAGAUUCUAGGGGAUUGUUACUACUGUGUCAGUGGCUUACCGGAACCACAUUCUGACCAUGCCAAAUGUUGUGUUGAGAUGGGUCUAGACAUGAUUGAUGCCAUAGCAUCCGUGUGUGAAUCUACAGAUGUAAGAUUGAACAUGAGAGUUGGUCUGCAUACAGGAGCUGUUCUCUGUGGUGUUCUAGGCCUGAAACGCUGGCAGUAUGAUGUGUGGUCACAUGAUGUAACACUAGCCAAUCAGAUGGAAGCUGGUGGAUUGCCUGGUAUGGUCCAUAUUACUCAGACAACAUUAGAUCAUUUACAUGGGGAAUAUGAAGUCGAACCUGGUAAUGGUGGUGAUAGAAACACUUUUCUUAAACAACAUACCAUAGAGACCUUCUUUAUUAAAGCUAAACAUCCUAGAAGACAUAGCUCCCUUUUAUACAGAGACUGGGCAGGUUUACGACCAAAGAAAUUAUCUUUUAAAAAUGUUUCAAAUUGCGUAAUGAGAUUGAUGCAAGCAGUGAAAUUUAACGCAGAAAUUCCAUUUUCUAAUGUUUUAACACCAACACAAGAAGAAAAUAAAUCGUCUAAAUUAGUGAGUAUUUUUCGGAGAAUGACUUAUUUAUUUUACUCACGUUCUGAUAAAGUAACAAUUUUUAACCUCAAUACAAUUUUUUCUUUUACAUCCUCCAAUAAAAAUUGUAUUUACAGACAUUCACAAUUUCCACUACCAACGAAUCGUGUUAAUAAAUAUCUAGCUCAGGCUAUUACAGCCCGUUAUGUAGAACAAGAGAAAUCCAACCAUGUUAACUUCGUUACUCUCAGAUUUAAAACUUCUUUAAAAGAACAGAGGUACCAAGCAGCUGGUGAUUUUGCCUUCAGUGGAAGUAUGAUUUGUGCCAUGGUAAUGUUAAUUUGUAUCGCUGGAAUGCAGACAGUUAUAUUACCUAGAACCCUGCUGUUAUUGAUGAUGUUUCUUGCAACUUUUACCUGGAUUUCCAUAAUACUCAUAUUGAUUCUCAGUAUUAAUAUAAAGUGUACCUUAUUUGAUAUAAGAAGAUCGUCAUGUAUAAGAUUAUUUGUUAUGAUGACAACUAUUUUACUUAUCUAUGCAACAACUCAAAUCAAUGUCUUGUGUUGUAAGGGAGGCAAUUUCAUCAAUGUGUUGGCUAAUGUGACAUUUACUACAUCAAAAUCAGACAAUCAUUUAUCCUGUGAUAUACCUAAUUAUAUUUAUCUGAGUUGUAUUAUGGGUUAUAUAUCAAUCUCAAUAUUCCUCAAAUUAUCAGCUUUAAUUAAACUAUUCCUAAUGAUUUUAAUGGCUAGUGGAUAUAUAGUUCAGAUGGUUUUCACACACGAAAUGUUAUUCUUGGUCUUUGAUAAAAAGACAAACACCAUAGUACCUAGUAAUAUAAUUGGUAUAGUGGUAUUAAUUAUAUUUACUAUAACAUUAUAUAUACAAGGGAGGCAACAAGAAUGGACAUCGAGAUUAGAUUUCCUAUGGAAGGUUCAAGCUACAGAAGAGAAAAUUGAAAUGACAGAAUUACAAGUUAAUAAUAGAAAUAUUUUAUGUAAUAUGUUGCCGUCUCAUGUUGCUUCUCAUUUUGUUGAUAAUCAACGUGGAAACUUCAUGGACCUGUACAGUCAACAAUACAGUAAAGUUGGUGUUUUCUUUGCUUCAAUACCAAACUUCUCAGAAUUUUACACAGAACUGGAUGCCAAUAACCAAGGAGUAGAAUGUUUAAGAGUGUUAAAUGAAAUAAUUGCAGAUUUUGAUGAGUUAUUAAAUGCACCGCGAUUCAGGGCUAUUGAUAAAAUAAAGACUAUAGGAAGUUCGUAUAUGGCCGCUAUUGGACUGAUGCCCGAGUAUUUGAUUCAAGACAAUGAUACCUCUGUUACUCACUCACUGGCACUACUGGUGGAAUUCGCUUUUGGAAUGAAAGACAAGCUGAGAAUUAUAAACGAGAAUUCGUAUAAUCAUUUCGUUAUCAAAAUAGGCGUAAAUUUAGGUCCAGUAGUAGCUGGUGUUAUUGGUGCUAGAAAACCCCAGUAUGAUAUCUGGGGUAAUACUGUUAAUGUGGCUAGUAGAAUGGAGAGUACUGGUAAACCAGACCAUAUUCAGGUGACUGAAGAGGUAUAUGCAGCUUUAAAAGAUAUGUAUGACUUCAAAUGUCGAGGAAGAAUAACUGUGAAAGGGAAAGGAGAGAUGAUAACAUAUUUCCUCGUUGGAAGAAGAUCUGGAGGUAUGUUUCAGGACAAUCCGUCACCGCUUACACCAGAUAGUCCACGCUUCCCUCGACCACCAUCUCGAGAAGGGGCAAUAAUGAUCAGGCAAGGAAGUGGAGGCAACCUACGAGAAUUACAAAAGCAGGGUUCAUUGACUUCACAAGGACGAAUCCCUUCAAGUUAUACUGUUUUGGGGAUUGAACGUCAACCAAGUAUAGAUUCACAGCGAGGAAGCGGAGCCACCCCAACGAGCAGUCUAAACAAGAAACGUAAGAAUGGUACUGACAGUCCAAAGGAUCCAAAUCGUAAACCACACAGGAAGUUAAGUAACUCCUCUGUAACAAACUGUCUUGCAGCUGAUCAACCAACCACUCGAAUUGACUCCCCCGAACUUCCAGCAGUUCACUAUAUGAACGUCAAGAUGCAAAGUAACAAAAGUCCUGUUAUUCAAAAUUUUCUAUUUGAUGGAUUAAAGUGCGUUGACUCCAAGAAAGGAGAUAGUCCAGAAAUGAAGCCACCAGUUCCCAAGAUGACGAAAAGUAGUAGUGUCCCAGGGACAAAG